AUGGGCUCCCUGGGCAUCACCCACUCCGGCGCCAUGUAUCCCUGCGUGCCCUUCACCCCCGAGCAGCUGAAGCGGUCCUCCUUGGUGAGCUUCGCCAUGCCGAAGUCGGAGACCUUGGGACAGAAGUCCCCGUCCAGGAGGAUGUUCUCCGGCUUGAUGUCCCUGUGCAGCACCCACUCGAGGCACUCCUCGUGGAGGUAG